AGCCUAAUGCUAACUGAGCCCCUGUCUUUUCCUACAGCUCUCCCUGGUUGUUGUUUCACUGAGCAGUCUUCCAAUAAAACCAUGAGGGUCUUCCUCCUGCUUUGCCUACUGGCGGUUGGCAACGCCAAACCCUACCAGCCAAUCAACAUCAUGGACUUCAUGAAAAACUAUGACAUCAUGAUGGCUGAUUCAGAUGACGAUGACGAUGACGACGACGAUUAUGAUGAUGAUGAGAACUGUCCAGCCGGUUGCCGUUGCUCACCAAAAGUGGUGCAGUGCUCCGACCUGGGUCUGAUUUCUGUUCCUGAGAAGAUUCCUGAAGACACUAUAAUGAUAGACCUCCAAAACAAUGACAUCACUGACAUCAAGGAGGACGACUUUAAAGGCCUCCACAAGCUUUAUGGCCUGUUUCUGAUCAACAACAAGAUUUCUAAGAUUCAUCCCAGGGCUUUCAGAAACAUGAACAAUCUCAAACUGCUGUACCUCUCCUACAACCUACUGACUGAGAUCCCUGCAAACCUGCCUCCCAACGUCAUUGAGCUCCGCUUCCAUGAAAACAUGAUCAGCAAAAUCCAGAAGGAUGCAUUCAAAGGGCUGAGGAAACUCCACGUGCUAGAGCUGGGCGCCAACCCUCUGUCCAACAGCGGGAUUGAGCUAAGAGCUUUUAACGGCUUGUCGACCCUGUACGUCGGUAUGGCAGAGGCCAAACUGACUGCUGUACCAAAAGACCUUCCAACCUCCAUCACAGAGUUGAGCCUGGAUUACAACAAGAUCUCGAAGGUGGAAGUAGAAGAUUUCAUCAGAUAUAAAAACCUGCAGAGACUAGGACUUGGUUUUAACCAGAUCAAGUUUGUAGAAAACGGCAGCUUUAUCAGCACCCCAAGCAUCCGUGAGAUCCACCUGGACAACAAUCGCCUGAAAAAGGUCCCUCCGGGCCUCAACUCCCUACGCUAUCUCCAGGUAAUUUUCCUCCAUGGCAACAAAAUCAGCAGCGUGGGAAUCAAUGACUUCUGUCCCAUCAGUCACAGUGCCAAGAAGAACCUGUACACAGCCAUCAGUCUGUAUGCUAACCCUGUUAAAUACUGGGACAUCCAGCCAGCCACCUUUCGCUGUGUGGCUGGACGGCGGGGUCUUCAGCUCGGAAACUUCAGAAAGAAGUAG